AUGGCUGUCUUCAGAAACUUUGCCUAUGUCACUCUGCUGACGUCCGAGUCGUAUAUCCCUGGCGCCGUCACCCUCGUGGCAUCGCUCAGGGCGACCGCCACUCAGUACCCGAUCGUCUGCAUCGUCGCCUCCGAGUCCUUCUCGGUCUACUCGGUCCAGCUGCUGUUCAGGACCUUCGACAAGGUCCUCUUUGUGCCGAUCCUGCGAUCCAACGAUCACUCCAACCUCUCGCUCCUCGGCCGACCCGAGCUCGACGUGACCUUCACCAAACUGCAUGUGUGGGAUCCCAGCCUGCUCGUUUAUGACCGCAUCGUCUUCCUCGACGCCGACACACUGGUGCUGAGGAACGUCGACGAGCUCUUUGACUAUGUCGACGAGGACCAUGUCAACUUUGCGGCGGCGCCAGACAUUGGAUGGCCCGACUGCUUCAACUCGGGAGUGUUUGUGACCAAGCCAUCGACGACGCUAUAUUCUCGCAUCAUCGAGUUUGCUCGGUCCUAUGGCAGUUUCGAUGGCGGCGACCAAGGCGUUCUGAAUUCAUUCUUUUCAUCCUGGAGCUACAUGCUGCCGCCCUCUCAUAAGCGAGCCACCAAAGCGAACGCUGUUCGGCUCCCCUUCAGCUUCAACGUCACUCCGUCGGCGUCCUAUUCGUAUCUGCCCGCUUUCAUGCAAUACGGAAACAAUGUCUCCAUCGUCCAUUUUAUCGGUGCCACUAAGCCCUGGCACUGGUCGAGGUUCACCGAUGGAACCGUCUGGAACACGUACGUAUCAUCUAUGCCCCAGAGCUCCGUUCGUCGCCUUCAUCACCACCAAGGCAUGCUUGGUCGUGCUGCAUCUUUGAUGGGUUGA